AUGGGCGACAAGCCCGUCAAGGUCGAGAAGAAGCCGGUCAAGUUCAGCAAUCUGCUGCUCGGCGCCGGCCUGAACAUGUUCGAAGUCACGACUUUGGGCCAGCCGUUGGAGGUCAUGAAGACGACCAUGGCGGCCAACAGGGCGGAUGGCAUGAUGGGUGCUGUGUCGCGGAUUUGGGGCCGCGGUGGGGCGCUGGGAUUCUACCAAGGUCUCAUUCCCUGGGCCUGGAUCGAAGCCUCUACGAAGGGUGCCGUGCUCCUCUUCGUCGCCUCCGAAGCCGAAUACUACGCCAAAAACGCCGGCGCCUCGAACUUUGUGUCGGGAAUCGGAGGCGGAAUGGCGGGUGGUCUUGCGCAGGCCUACGCGACCAUGGGGUUCUGCACUUGCAUGAAGACGGUGGAGAUGACCAAGCACAAGGCGGCGGCGAAAGGGGAAAAAGUGCCGGGCACCAUGUCCACAUUCAUGGACAUCUACCGGAAAGAGGGCAUCGCGGGCAUCAACAAGGGCGUCAACGCCGUGGCUGUGAGACAAGUGACGAACUGGGGCUCGCGAUUCGGGUUGAGCAGAGUUGCUGAAAACAGCAUCCGCUCCUUCACCGGCAAGACCGACACAAGUCAAAAGCUCAGCGUGCCAGAGAAGAUCCUCGCCUCCGCCAUCGGCGGCGGUCUCUCCGCCUGGAACCAGCCGAUUGAAGUCGUGCGGGUGGAGAUGCAGUCCAAGAAGGAAGACCCGAAUCGGCCCAAGAAGAUGACGGUGGCUAACACCUUCAAAUACGUCUACUCAACCAACGGCCUCAAGGGGCUGUACCGUGGCGUGGCGCCGCGCAUUGGCCUCGGCGUGUGGCAGACGGUGUGCAUGGUUGCGCUGGGCGAUGUGGCCAAGGAGUGGGUGGAGAAGGUGACGGGCGACAAGGUGACGGCGAAGCACUGA